AUGCCAAGUGUUCUAAACAAUAGUGUAACGGCGUGGAAACGGAAUGUCCGACUGGGAUACAGCUUAAUACUGAGCCCUUGUCUUGGAAUUAUACCUCUGCACAUUAAGAAGAGAUACACACUAGCAAAUUCACUAGCGGUAUUGGGAUCUGGAAUUGGUCCAUUUUUACUUACACCCAUAAUUCAACUACUGAUUGACACGUACGGUUGGAGAGGCACGUUUAUUGUGAUGUCAGCAAUCAACGCCCAUAUGUUUAUCUCAGCAUCUUUGUUUGCACCUCCAGACACAACCAGUCAGAUGAAACUCGAUCACGUCCCAUGUCCCACUGAUGAUCAAGAUUCUACAAGGCGACAUCGUAAUGACUGGUGUGCUACAUUCGGCAGAAUAGUUCAUGCAUUGGAUGUAAAAUUAAUUUGCAGGCAUCCCCCAUUUGCUCUUGAAAUUGUCUGCGCCUUUGUUGGUAUCGGAUUAGGCUCUGUUGCCGUGCCUUCAUUUAUCGUGCUUUAUGCAAAUGAUCUCCAACUCUCGACUCCUAGUAUAGUUUCACUUCUUAUUUCUAUAUUUGCAAUAGGUGGCAUAAUCGGAAGGCUCGCCCCAGCUUUAUUGUUACUUAUCAAAUGCAUUAAUAGUGGACGUCUGUUUGGUGUUAGUUUACUCUUGGCUGGCAUUUCUACAAUACUCAGUCCCCACCUGACAAUGUACUAUGUUACAUAUGCCGUAUAUUCUGCAUUGUACGGUUUUUUCGUUGGCAUUGUGUUCAGCCUUUUUUCCCAUGUUACGAAAGAUUAUGUUGGCGGACCAAACCUUACUGCUGCCGUUGCUCUGGCAUCAGCGUUUUCCGGAUUGGGCGCAAUGAUUGGACCAACCGUCGCUGGAUGGUUAUACGAUGUAACCGAAAACUACACUGCGUCAUUUUAUUUUUGUGGUGGCUGUUCUACAUUUGCUGGGAUACUUAUGUUAACAGUAGAACCAAUCACUUUGCGAAUCCAGCAGACAAAAUAA